GGUGUGGAGGGGACGUUAAUGAAAGAUACGUCCUGGGGGAUGAGGGGCGGCACGAGGAGUCAGUGUUUGGUAUUAAUGAGGUACCAUAAGGGAGCGUAAGUAAAACUGACCUGCCGAUUUUCAACAUGCUUUCUGCGACUUGCGUGUUCACAUGGGGCUUGUUUACGUGCGCGCUGGCGAGAAAUUUCCACGAAGGACAAAAGUCGUUUGUCGGGAGGCCGCCGAGGGAGUUGAGUGGUGAUGAGGAGCGACACACAUGGGAGAAGUUGGAGAUGUCGGAACGCGGCGCGGCAGGACUGAAUGAACACUCAUGUCCGAGUUUUCCUGGAGUCGAGUCAGCGCUGUUCAACAACACUCACGCUUUCAACUUCAAAGUGAGGACCAUGGGCUCCCUGUCACUUGCUUGGGUGGGAGAUGAAACAGGGGUGAUUCUGGUGUUGACCACAUUCCAGGUGCCUUUGUUCAUGAUGCGAUUUGGCCAGUCCAACCUCUACAGGAGUGAAGACUACGGGAAGACGUUCACUGAUGUGACCCACCUGAUCAACCACACCUUCAUCCAGACAGAGUUUGGCAUUGCUGUCAGUCCUGAUCACUCUGGCAAGGUGAUCCUGACGGCUGAUGUGUCCGAAACUGGGGGAUUUCGACUAUUUCGCUCACGGAACUUUGGCCGGAUCUUUGAGACAUCAGAACUACCUUUUGAGCCCUUAAUUCAGAUGCUGUACAACCCUGGAGACUGCAACAUACUUGUGACUCUCAGCAUCAGGUUGGAUUUGUGGCUGUCAGAGGAUUUUGGCGCCACCUGGCGGAAGAUUCAUGACAGUGUUUGUCUCGUCAGAUGGGGUGCGAAGAAUAGCAUUUACUUCACGACAAACUACAACGGAUCAUGCAAUGACAAAGGAAUGUUGGAGUUAAGGAAAACGGUAGACUACGGCAAAAGCUUCCAGACGAUCGCAACUCGAGUUUACUCGUUCGUGCUGGGGGGACGUUUUGUUUUUGCCUCCAUCAUGACUGGAAAGGGCACGGAGCGCAUAAUCCACGUUUCAGUGAAUGGAGGAGAAGCGUGGAACAUAGCUCAGCUUCCCGCAGUCAACCACGAGCAGUUUUAUUCAAUCCUGGCAGCCAAUGAAAACAUGAUAUUCAUGCAUGUGGAUGACCCCGAAGACUCGGGGAUUGGAACGAUCUAUGUGUCUGAUGACAGAGGAACCGUGUUCUCAAAGUCACUGGAGCGCCAUCUCUACACCACCACAGGAAGUGACACUGACUUCACCACCAUUACGUCACUCAGGGGUGUUUACAUGACCAGUGUACUUUCAGAGGAUGGAACUGUGGAGACAAUGAUCACCUUCGACCAAGGAGCGCGAUGGCAGUUACUGCGCCGGCCACAAAACAGCCAUUGUGACACUGAAACCUCCACCAACCGGCCAAACAGAUGUCGACUCCACAUCCACUCCACUUUCAGCACAGCCAUGAAGAUGAAUGUCCCCAUGUUGCCGCUCUCGCAGCCGAGUGCAGUGGGCCUCAUUCUUGCUCAUGGCAGCGUGGGGGAUGGCGAGUCGGCUGUCACGCCCGACGUUUACAUAUCGGACGACGGCGGCUACUCGUGGUCGCUGUCCCUUACUGGUCCUCAUCAUUACGCUAUACUGGACUCCGGGGCUCUUCUUGUGGCGGUGGAGCACACCAACUUCCCCGUCAAUCAAAUCAAGUUUUCCACCGAUGAAGGACGGUGCUGGCGCACAUAUAACUUUACCAGUGACCGUUUCCACUUCAGCGGAAUGGACAGCGAACCGGGCUCCCGCUCCUUGAACGUCAGCCUGUGGGGCUACAGAAAUGACUUUACCAAAUGGGUGGUGAUCACCAUUGACUUCAGGAAUCUCCUCAGCCGAGAUUGUAACGACGCGGACUACGUGCCGUGGUUGGCGCACUCUGCCGAACCCGACCGCUCCACUGACGGCUGUGUGUUAGGCUACAAGGAGACCUUCCUACGCUUGAGGAAAGACUCUGCCUGCUGGAACGGGAGGCGGUUCAGUGGCAGGCAGCGUCUGUCUCCUUGCGCUUGUACACUGGAUGAUUAUCAAUGUGACUUUGGAUACUUCCGACCUGAGAACAGUUCAGAGUGUGUGGAGCAGGAGGAGAUGAAGAAUCAUCCUCUGGAGUUUUGUCUCAAUGGAACCACUGAAGAGCUGCAGACCAGUGGUUACCGGAAGAUUCCAGGAGACCUGUGCACUGGUGGUUUCCAGCCUGUAAGAAAGGAGACUGACCUGAGGAGGAGGUGCACCAGUGAUGCUCUUCAUCCAUUUUCUCUGACGGAAAGCGAUGCGUCGAAUGCUGCGAUCAUUGCCGUGGUUGUCAUAGCCAUGCUUCUGAUGAGCGCUGUCGUGGGCGUGUGGGUGGUCAAGAAAUACAUCUGCGGUGGACGGUUCCUUGUGCAACGCUACUCUGUCAUGAGAGAACACGCCGAAGCUAACAAAAUAGAAGGGGUUGAUGACGUUGACGCCGAGUACAUGGAAACGGGAACACAUGGAGCACAUUGCAAUGAGGAUUCAGAUCAGGACCUCUUGGAAUAAAUUGGACAUUUUGACCCCCUCCACUCCUCACUGAUGCCUGCUUGUCCCACAAGCUGAUUAAAAUCUGUUUCUCAAUUUUUGCUACCCCCUGGUGACUGGAAGAUGCAACAGCAGCGGGUAGAAUGAUCACAUGGUUGAGGUUCCCACACAGACAAGACCACAGCGACAAACCAAUUGAAUGUUGAGGGGUGGGGGUGCGAAAACUCGGCACAGAACAAAAGAAAGGCUCUGAAGUUCCAGCAGAGCUUGAAUUGGUUCUGUCAGGAUGUUGGAGUGUCAAAUUGUGCUGUAAGAGACAGCGUUUGACAUUUGACAAUGCACUCAGAGGAAUUUGAGAUGUUUCAGCUUCCAGUGUUAUGGAACAAUCAAGUAAUAGAAUACAGCUACGGAGAAAAAAAAUCCUAAAUAUAAUUACUUUUUCCAUCUUCAAAAUAUUUUUAUAUUCCGUACGUUUAAAACUUGUGCAUUAAUAUACCGUAGUCAUGUACAAACGACGUUCCGAUGUGCAGUUUCACGUCAUGCGGGCUGUGGUAUUUUGUUUUUGUUUUUUUCUUUAUCGACAGCUAAGCUGUUUAAUUUGUGUGUGUGUGUGUGUUGUAUUUUUUUACAUUCCUCCCCACCCCCUCCCAAAACAAGCACUUUUGAUUUGAAUAACAUCUGUGAGCAGUGGCAUUUAAAUGUCCUCUCCCAUCGUGUCAUGAUUUUUCACUUUUGACUGAAGACAGUUGAGCUUUUAAAAUAAUCACGUUGGGGAAUGCACUUUAGAUGUCACUCUUUUAGCGCACACUGUUUGCUUGUAUUGUAUGAAGCUAAAACUACUACAUAUAUAUUCUUACAAUGACGCACCCUAAAUGUCAGUAAAACAGUCCUAUCCAGUUAGUCCAGUUUACUCUUAUUCUCCGUCACAUAUAAAAACCAUGCAAUUCAAUUAAAUACAAAUCAGAAAUGGGAAGAAGAAAAAUAUGCUGGUGUGCCAGUCCAGUAUGAAGUUUGGAAUUAAUGUUCAAAUCAAUCGUUCUUUGAAGCUUGGAAACGCAAAGCAUCACAAUGUUAGAUAUUUUAGCUCCCCAUUUUUGUCUAGUGAAAACAUAAGACUUGAAUUAAUUGCCAAAGCACUUUUAUGGUUAUGUUUUCUAAUUGUAGAGAUAAAUCCACCAUAGCCUAGCAAUUAAAAUGAAGGCAAUACUAACUCCAAAACGCUACUUGAAAAUUAUUUUUAAAGAAAACAUACCGAUUUAUUGUUAUACUGUGUAUAUCGAUAGAUAUGGUUGUGUAUUUUAUAUUUCCCCACAUCAGUUAACGUGUGUCAUGAUAUUAAAGUGGAUGCAGGUACAAAUAAGAUAAGCAAGUCUCAACUGUUUUGUUGUUAUUCAUACUGGUACACUUCAUCCUGUAUAUGCAUAUAUUUUUAUAUAAUAUGUACAUCUCAUAAUAAGCGCUGAAAUUUAACAUACAGGCAAGGAUUGCCUCUUUUUGUAGAGGUGAUUAAGAUCCCAGCAGAUAAGCUAUAUGCUGUAGAAUUGGCCUCGUAGACAGGCAUAUUCUCAAGGACUGUUUGUCAGGUAUGAGAGCAACUACACAUGCUUGAUGUCUCCAUAUACUCGAUAGGUAUUUACUGGAGUUCAUGAUUAAUAUUUUUGUACUGUAUCUACACGUCUGUGAAAAAACACAUUCUUGCCACAUACAUAAUACAUGGUACCAUGCUCCUAUUGCAGUAGUCUAUUUGAAUUGAGACCGUCAUGUUUUCUUGACAUUGCUGUGAUAAGACCAGUGAGGAAGCAUAUUUGAAUGAAACAUUUCUCAUAGUACAGAUUGGUUAACAUUUGGAUGUCUUUUUUGAAUUAUAUUCUUGAUGAAUUAAAUGUCUCUUUAAAAUA